UUGAUAUGUAAAUAGAUAGUACUUAUCAUACACGAAUAGAAGAGGACGUAUUUUUUACGUGACCCACUUUUACAACGCCACAUCUGUUUAUCAUAAUGACGUGACCAGCAAAGGGUUCUUAGGAACAAUUAAGAGCAUAAAAACUUCCAUACAACAUUAGGACCCCGUUAAAGUUGUAAACAUUGAAGGGACACUUAUAAGAGGACUGUGGAAACGUGAGGUCGUCUCGGACAUAUUUGACGUUAUUUAUAAAACCUAGUGUUGAGUUAAUUCAGUGUAGUGUUAAAAAUUGGUGAGUCGCGGCGUUUGUGCAGUGAACAGACUGAUCUUACCGACAGUAGCGAGCCAGUUUGUCAUGAAGGCAGUCGAAACAGAACCAGACAUGGAAAUACCAAACGAAACUCCUACUCGUGAAAUACCAGAACCACUUACAAGACCUGAUCGACCCACGCCUUCUGAGAGUACUAGACCUCGACGACGCCGCCGAAUUCGAAGCUCUAUGGCUGUAUUUAUGGACCAGAUAUUGAGUAUCGAGGAACGUAGGGUUGAAGCAGAUUUGAAUAAGGCACAAUCGCUUGCCAAUAUUGUAAUCGCUUUGACUCGCCUCGCUAAUACAAUUGAAAAUGUAGCUAGAAUAAUUCAAAAUCGUUAAAUGGUGGUAAACGUAUAUUGGAAAUGUUUUAAUGUUCACAAUUCUUAUUUAGAUUUAAUUUUGUACUGUUCAUUUAAACUCAUAAUUUUCUUGUUUU